UCGAUCGGCAUCGCGAACCCAAACGAGCAUGGGCCAAAAAAUCGGCAAGGGGCCGAACGAUCGGCGGGAGGACCUGUCGGCCGAGCGCUGGCGAGUACUCGCCGAGAGCGCGCGGGUGGUCACAAGAAUGGACGAGCGCGUCAACGCCGAGGAGUCCUUUCUGCGGGGGUACGACGAGCCACGGAUUGCAGCGAAGAUCGAGUGGUGGCUCGACACCGAGCGCUCGAAAAUUACCGAUCCCCACGUCGCCCCCGGCCCAGACUGCCCCGUCGUCCUCGAAAAGGCCUUCAUGGAGCUCGCGAGCGCGGUGAGUUACAAGACGCGGCGGGAUUACGAGGCGGCCUACGGGGGCAGGUGGGCCAAGCGGGCGGAGGAGGUGGCCGAGAGGCAGAGGAGGGUGCACAGGAAGCUGGUGGAGCUCGAGGAUUCGGGGGCCGCCGGGAAGGAGUUGGCUCGGUUGAGGGCCAAGGUGGCGGGGAACGCGCGCGCCUGCGGGAGGAUCGAGGCGAGGGAUCGGCGGCGCAGGCGGGAGUUUGCCGAGAAGGUUUGCGACAUCGAUCAGGGAAACAUGGAGUUGUGCAGGAGAAAAGUCAGGCAGAUCGUCGAAGAGUUUCGGAGGAACUGGGAGUACUGAGUCGUCGCACGUGUGCGUCUUGGGGGACAAAAAAAAAGGCUGCCAGGGGAUUUUUUUUUUUUCACUCGUCGGUCAUGCAGGUGUAUAUUUUCAUGUAAUUGUUGGUUGUCGAAUAAAGUACGUGUUUUACAUAA